CAAAGGGCCUCGGCUCUCGCAAGGCCCAUACGCGCGCCUCAGCGACCAGUUAACACAGAACGAUCUGUGACAGGCUUCGCGCAGCGCCUGUUGCGCCGUCUGCGAGUUUUGGCCUAGCCGGCGCCGAGUACAGGAAGGUGACUUGCAAGGUACAUCUACAGACGCGCGUUUAUCCCAAGCGCGUGAGCGCAGCCGCGGCGAGAUGGGCGGCACACAUUCUGUGGAUAAGGAAUUGACAAGUGGUCUGGUGCGCCGGGCAUUUUCCAAAGAGCACGGGCGCGACCCGACGGAAGAGGAGGCGGCAAGGUUCACGACCGCAUAUGAACGGGACGACCCGACGGACGCCCACCUUGGUCCGGUCGAUGCGGAGGAGGCCGACGUGUACCGAGACACGGCCAGCACGCUUUUACAGGCGGCCGCCGACCGCGAACCGACGGACGACGAGCUCUCUGGAUUUACAGACAAGAUGGCGCGCGCCUUCCGCCGCGCCGCCCUCGAGGCCGUCUCCGACAUAGAAACCACGCGGCGCGAGCUGGUCCGACGCGCCGUUGAGGCGGAGAAGGCGAGCAGCGAGGUCGUCCCCUUCGGCCCGCCGCCGCGGCCCGCGGACGAGAGCGCCGCCGAGUCGCCCUUCGAGCACGCGGCGCGGCUCGAGCACGAGAAGGUCCGGGUCGUCGCGGCCGCGGCCCAUGCUGUGUGGUCGUCGACGAAGACCGAUAGCAAGGAAGUCAAAGAUAGCUUCGACACGCAUAUCGAUAGUACUGGAGACCAGAAGGCGUGGGAUCUCAAGGUCGAAAGGGCAGGUAAAUAUCUAGCAACGGUAGCAAAGCUGGACGCCAAGACCGGCGCCGAGACCCGGGAGCUGCACUCGGCCGCCGCGGACCGCGCCAUAGCCGAGGCCACAGAGGGUGACAAGGACGUUCGAAAUAUAGCAAGGGGUGUGUAUGAGCUAAAUUGCAGCGGAGGCGAUUUAGAUUACCCCUCGCUGUCGAGCGAAGACGCCGCGGACAUGGGCUUGAGGUACGAGAGCGUGCCGUGGGAAGAUUUGGAGGCUUACGACCAGGACAUGUUUGAUAGUUUAAUCAAAGCGGCGCGGACGGCCCAACGUGUCGAUAUUAUUAAUGAGACCCGCAUCGCCGCCCUCGCGAAGCGGGAGCGCGACGCCGCGGCCGAGCUCAAGGAGCGCGAGGCCCAGUCGCGCGCCGCCGAGGCGGACUUGCUAGCUCAGCUCGACGCCGAGGCAGCAGACGCGCCGAAGAAGAAGAAGAAGAAAAAGAAGAAGAAGGCGGCCUCGCGGAGCCAGUCGCCGGCGACGCUGGACGCGGUCGCGCCGGAGGCCGCGGCACCGGCGCCGGCGCCGGCCGCGGCACCCACGGUAGACGAGGCGCCGGCGCCGGCCGUCGACGCGCCCGCGGUCGCGGACGACUGGGAGACGGCCGCGGACGCGGGCGCCGCGCCGGCGCCGCUCGAAGAGGACGCCGCGGCGCCCGCGCCCGACGACGGCGACGGGACGUCGACCGUGGCGCCGGCGCCGGCGGCGCCCGCGGAGGAGGCCGCGGCGCCCGCGCCCGCGGCGACGGACGCACCGCCGGAGCCAAACGCCUGGAAGACGCCGGUGGAGGCGGAGACGACCGCCAAGGCGCCCGCGGCCGCCGCCGAGGCGCCGGCGCCCGCGGAAGAGGACGCCUGGGAGACGGUCGGCCGGCGCCCGCGCCGGGCCGGGGACGCGGCGCCCGCCGCGCCGGUGCGCCGCCGCGGCACGGUCAUUAACGUCAACAAGGCGGAGGGCUACUGCUUCGUACAACCGGACGCGGGCGGCACGAACGUCUUCCUUUCAUUCAAGGAGCGCUACGCGCAGGAAGGCGACCGCAUCGAGUACGAGCUCGUGCCCUCCGGCCGGCCGGAGCGCCACGCCGUCAAGGCCGGCCGCGCCGUCAACCUGUCGCGGGCGACCGAGGCCCGCGGACCGGGCGGCACGCCCGACUGGUGGUGCGCCGCGUGCGAGACGAACAACUUCGCGGCGCGGCCCGCGUGCCGCCGCUGCGGCGCUGCCCGCUCGGCACCGAAAGACGAAGCGCCGCCCGUGCCCGAAGGCCGCUUCACGGGCGUCGUCGUGGGCGCGUGGCGGGGCUGCUACUUCCUGCGCGGCGAGGACGGCUCCGAAGACCUCCUGUUGCAUGCGGAUGACCUGGACGCGGGCCGGCCCACGCGCGUCGACCUGAGCGCGCCGCCAGACAAUGCAAUCCUAGCCGUCGGCGACCGCGUCUGCUACGCGCUCGCGCGCGCGCGCUACGCGGACCGGCUCGCGUACUACCGCCUCAAGUGCGUCGACGUGUCGCGCGCGCCGCCCGUCGUGCCGGACGCGCCGCCGUCUCCACCGCGGCCGCCGGUGCCCGCCGACCCGGACCUCCUGCCCGACGAGCCCCUCGACCCACCUGUCGCGCGGCUGCUCGCCUCGCUAGGCUUGGAGAGUGUCGGGCCGGUGCUCAUGCGCGAGGAGAUAGACUGGGAGAGCCUCUGUUUGCUCGAUACUGAUUCGUUGGUGGACUGUGGCGUGGACGCGGCCGACGCGCGGCGGAUCUGCGAGCGCGUCGAACUGGCCAAGGCGGGGGCGCCGGUCCGCGCGGCGAGCGACCCCGAGCGCGAAUGUCCUAUAUGCUUCGAGCCCGAGCGGUCGACGGCGCUCGUGCCGUGCGGCCACAUCCUGUGCCGGGCCUGCGCGGCGGCGCACGAGUCUUGCCCCGUUUGCCGCGCGGCGGUCACGAGCCGCCUGCGGCUGUUUCACUAG